AGACACCUAAUUUUUGCGCAUGCGCAGUUAUACUUUUAAUAUUUUUAGGAAAUCAUAUUUUUUCGUCAAAUAUUGGUUCUUUUACUACUUAUGUACGUGGUCUACUACAAAUAAAGAAAAAUAAGUGCUGAAAAGUAAAAAGACAAUCAAACCAUGAGCAGUUCAGAGGAGGUGUCGUGGAUAUCAUGGUUUUGUGGACUCAGGGGAAAUGAAUUCUUUUGUGAAGUAGAUGAAGAUUAUAUACAGGACAAAUUUAACCUGACGGGUCUCAAUGAACAGGUCCCACAUUACAGACAGGCUCUAGAUAUGAUAUUAGACCUAGAACCAGAUGAUGAACUAGAAGAUAAUCCAAAUCAGAGUGAUUUGAUAGAACAAGCAGCAGAGAUGUUAUAUGGACUCAUACAUGCAAGAUAUAUAAUGACUAAUAGGGGUAUAGGACAGAUGAUAGAAAAAUGGCAACAGGGAGACUUUGGAUAUUGUCCUAGAGUUUAUUGUGAAAAUCAACCAAUGUUACCCAUAGGUUUAUCUGAUGUACCUGGUGAAGCAAUGGUGAAACUAUAUUGUCCAAAAUGUCAGGAUGUCUACACCCCAAAAUCGUCUCGACACCACCACACAGAUGGCGCUUAUUUUGGCACUGGCUUUCCACACAUGCUCUUCAUGGUGCACCCGGAGUAUCGACCAAAGCGACCGGCUAAUCAAUUUGUUCCUAGGUUGUACGGGUUCAAGAUUCACCCAUUGGCAUACCAAAUCCAAACCCAGGCCUCACAAGCAAGAUCAAGAUCAGUCUCUGGACGCCCACGUAGCACAUCAAAGACAGCCAUCUUUAAAUAAUGAACACAGUGAACAGAGGGAUAUUCAUAAUUAUCAGUUUCAGAUAUUCUCAUUUUUGAGAAAUACUAGGUCUUGUGUUCAUGAUCUGAAUGGAUCACUUAGUGGAUAAGACAAUAUUUAUAUGAAACUGCAAGACAAAUUGCUGUAAAAUGUAUAAGAACACAUGACAAGGAUUUAGUGAUUUACUAUACUCAAACACCUCACAUAUACUCUAAUAAUAUUGAUUGGGCAUAUGACAUUUGUUGUCAGGUUUAGAUAUAUGUACUGUAAUAUAUAUUGUUUUGAUAUAAAGACUUUUUGUAAAAACGUUAAUGAAAUAUUAUACACAGUCCACCGGUUGAACAUUAAAUGAGGUACUACUCUAGCAUUGGACACUUCAAAUAACCCACAAAGCCUCAUACCCGGCCUCAUAUGGUGAACAAAAUGCCCAAUCCCAAAAACCACCCGAUAGCUGAUGUGAUAACUGAGACAAUGAAGUACUUUUUAGAACAGCUGUUUCAUGAAUUGUUCAUUACUUUUUUCUACAUUGUCAAAAUAAAACUUUAAUAUGGAAAUAAGUUGAAUGUUUUUUACUGUUAUUUUGUACUGAGAGGUUACAUUGAAGUUCACGUUCAAGAUUUUUUAAAUUACAUGUAGCUUAACCUCUCUA